AGUAUCAGAGCUAUGUCUUCCUCGUGGGAAAGGCCAUCCCGGGGGAAAACGCCGUCGUUUUCCUCCUCCCUCCUGGAAUCCAUUUACCACUCCAUCGACGAAUCGCAAGGCCGCCAUGACCACCGGAGAAGGAACAAUAAUUCAUCGGAAGCCGGGCAGGAAAUCGCCAGCCUUAGACGCGCAAUCAUGGUGGAGAAAUGGAUGGAAAACUGCACCAAUAAGAACCCCGCCGCAACUCCGGCGCCGUCGAGACACUUCAACUCCGACUCCAAUUCCUCGUCGGAUUCCAUGGCCAGCGUAUUCUCCUCCUCCGAAGCAGAGUCCUCUGCGUUCAGAUCCUCCCGGAAACCCAAAACUCCUCGGAAAUCGAACAUUCUGAGCUUCUACGCCGAGCUGAAGAAGACGAAGCAGCCCAUCUCUCCCGGCCGAAAAAUCCGCAACUUCCUCAACUCAAUCUUCGCCUCCAAGACCAACAAACCCCACCGCGAAUACGACGGUUCCGCGGCGGCGGAGGAAUGGAGCUCCGUCAGGAAAUCAAGAUCCAUGAAGGCCUCCACCACCGCCCCAUCCUGCCUCAGCAAAACCCCCUCCUCCAAAUCCAAAAGAUCAGUCAGAUUUUGCCCCGUCAACGUCAUCCUCAACGACAACGACAACAAGGUGGUCGUACGAGGAAUGUACAAUGAUGAGGAGGAGGAUGAUGAUGGGAGGAGUUGUGCCAGCUCGGAUCUGUUCGAGCUGGAGAACAUCGGCACUGCUCAUCAUCAUCAUCAUCGUGUGGAUGCGAGUAGAGACGAACUGCCCGUCUAUGGAACCACAAGCCUCAAAAUCAAUCAAGUCAUUGCUACUGGGUUGUUUAUGUAAUUUCACAUCUUGUCAGAUCAUCAUCAUCAAUGUACACAUUCUAAUUCAGAGAUCAUUAUCAUUAUAUUAUAUUGUCCUUUGUUUCUUGAAUAUAAUGCUUUGAGAUGCCAACUUGUUUGAA